AUGGAAGAAGUAAACCAGUCUACAGUGUCUGAAUUUAUUAUUCUUGGACUUUGCAAUUCAUGGGAGCUCCAGGUCUUCUUCCUGGUGGCAUUUUCUUCACUGUAUUUGAUCACCAUUUUAGGCAACAUCUUCAUUGUAUUCUUAAUCAUUGUUGACCUUCACCUCCAUUCCCCCAUGUACUUCCUCUUAGCCAAUCUCUCUUUUAUUGACUUCUGCCUUUCCUCAGUUACCACUCCUAAAAUGAUAACAGAUUUUCUCAAAGUAAAAAAGACCAUCUCCUUUGGAGGCUGUAUGUGUCAGAUUUUCUUUGGACAUUUCUUUGGAGGUGGUGAGAUGGUGCUGCUUGUGUCAAUGGCCUAUGACCGUUAUGUGGCCAUCUGCAAGCCACUCCAUUAUUCUAGCAUCAUGAAUAGACACAUGUGCAUUGGGCUAGUGGUAACAUCAUGGAUCAUUGGCUUUAUGCAUUCAAUAAGCCAAUUGGCUAUUAUUAUAAAGCUGCCUUUCUGUGGACCUAGGGAAUUGGAUAGCUUUUUCUGUGAUAUUCCAUUGGUGAUCAAGCUAGCCUGCAUGGACACCUAUAUUCUAGAAAUAUUGAUAAAUGCUGACAGUGGAAUACUAGCAACCAUCUGUUUCAUCCUACUGUUGAUUUCCUACUCUUAUAUAUUGUUUACUGUCUGCCUUUAUUCUAAAGAUGGGGCAUCCAAGGCUCUCUCCACCUGCACUGCCCACAUCACAGUAGUGGUCUUAUUCUUUGGCCCCUGUAUCUUCAUUUAUCUGUGGCCAAUUAGUAUUACCUGGGUAGACAAAUUUCUUGCUGUAUUUUACGCUGUCAUCACACCUCUCUUGAAUCCAGCUAUUUACACUCUAAGAAACAAAGAAAUUAAAAAUGCAAUGAAGAGACUACAACAUUAUCAUAUAAAAGUAAUUUCUAUUUCAGGGUCUCACAUUACCAGAAUACUCUAA